CUUCUGGUUUUCUUCCCGCUGCGGGGUGGGGGGAAGGCGGCACAGAUCCGUUACUCCAUCCCGGAGGAGUUGGCCCCGGGAUCCUUUGUUGGGGAUGUGGCUAGGGACCUGGGUCUGGAUGCUGCCCGGGUGGCCUCCCGACAGCUGAAGAUCCUGCCCGGCUCGGCUCAGAAGCACUUCAGAACAGAGGCGCAGAGUGGUGUCUUGGUGGUGGAGGAGCGGAUAGACCGAGAGCGGCUCUGCGGCUCUAGCCCGCGCUGUCUGCUGUACCUGGAGAUCUUGCUGGCCAACCCGCUGGCCUCGCACCGCGUGGAAGUGGAGGUUCUGGAUGUGAACGACAAUGCUCCGGCGUUCCUUACUAGCCUCACCCGCUUGGAGAUUGCCGAGUCCGCAGCACCAGGCGCGCGGUUCCCUCUGGAGCCUGCAGAAGAUUUACACUUUGAAGCCAACUCCAUCAGCACCUACCGGCUGAGCCCUCCUGGAUGUUUCAUCUUGAGUGUGAAGAAUCGUAAAGACGGCAGCAAACACCCCGAGCUGGUUCUGGAGAAGGCGCUAGACAGGGAGCAGCAGGAGCAGCAUCGGCUGGUGCUCACAACACUGGAUGGUGGGCUUUCUGCUAAAUCCGGAACUGCUGAGAUUGUCGUCUCAGUUAUUGACGCCAACUACAACCCGCCCGUCUUUGGUCAGCCCGUGUACAAAGUAACCCUGCUGGAAAAUGCGCCGGAGGGGACUAUGGUGAUUAAAUUAAAUGCCACCGACCAGGACGAGGGGACAAAUGGAGAGAUCGCCUAUUCCUUCAGCAGCCACACUCGCCAGAAAAUCCGGCGGUUGUUUAGCAUUCAGGAAAGGACCGGGGAGGUGAGAGUCCUGGGAAAUGUCGACUAUGAAGAGGGCACAGUGUACGAGAUCGAUUUGAGGGCCAAAGACGAGGGCUCUCCCUCUAUGGACGCCCAUUACAGUGUCUUGGUGGAGAUAAAGGAUGUCAACCACAACGCCCCUAGCGUUAGGUUCACAUCGCUCUCAGCCACGGUUCGAGAGGACGCGCCAGUGGGGACGGCAGUGACUCUUCUCAGUGUAAGUGAUGGAGACUCCAGGGAAAACGGAGAGGUUCAGCUGCAGCUCCCGGCAGACAUCCCCUUCCAGAUCGUACAGUCCUUCAGGAACCACUACUUCUUGGUCACCAGCGGCCCGCUGGAUCGGGAGGAGGUCUCGGAGUAUAAGGUUGUGAUCACAGCUACAGAUUCUGGAUCACCGCCACUUUCCAACCAGAGCAACCUCCUGAUAAACAUAUCGGACCUGAACGAUAACCCACCCCGCUUUUCCCAGCCUGCCUACCAAGCGGAGGUGCCAGAGAAUAAUACUUUGGGCGUUCCCAUCUGCUCCGUGUCCGCCUUUGAUCCCGAUAUGGGCCAGAACUCCCAGCUGUCUUACUCCAUCGUGGAUAGUACCGUGCAGGGGCUGCCCGUUUCCUCCUAUGUCUAUGUCAGCGCCAAGAACGGGACCAUCUACAGCAGCUCCUCGUUCGAUCAUGAAUAAAUCAAACAGAUAGUUGUGCAGAUACAAGCCAGGGAUGGCGGGUCAUCGCCUCUCAGCACCAACGUGACUGUCUCCAUCUUCAUCCUAGACCGGAACGAUAAUGCUCCUCUGAUUAUCUAUCCUGUGGCUCGGAAGGGGUUCCUGGCCCAGCAGUCCGUCCCUUUCUCUUCGCAGGCGGGACACUUCGUGACCAAAGUGACAGCUGUGGACGCAUGGCUCUCCUACAAACUGCAGCAAGCCACAGACCCAAGCCUCUUCAAAGUCUCCCCAUACACCGGGGAGAUUAGAACUACCCGAGCUCUCCUUGAACAAGACUCCUCCACGCAGAAGAUUGUCCUUGUUGUCGAAGACUGUGGGGAGCUGCCUAUGUCUACCACAACCACUGUGAUCAUGAACAUAGAGCAGGACCCUGACCGGAGCUCAGCAGACUUCAAGAGGUCUAACCUGGAACAGGAUGGCCUUCCCCACCUGACAGUGUACCUCAUCAUUGCUCUGGUAGCAAUCUCAGCCCUCUCUGCUAUGACUUGCGUAUUUUUAGCCGUGAAGUGCCUUAGAAAUGCAAGAGCCAGAAACUCGGAUGCAGCUUGGACUACUUAUCUAAAGGGAGGAAAUACUCUGCAGGCGUGGAGACGCUUUGGUAGAGGUCUUCAGAGCGUGGAGGAGAAACUGGAGUUCCCCACUGCCUUUGGGGGAGAUUUUCUUUCUCUAUGUCCUCUCCAAAGGCCUGGUCAGACUCCAUUACCAGAGGGGAGCAAUCACCUGUUUGCAAAACCCGUUAGUCAACCGGACAUCAACAGCGCAGACACUCUUCUGGCCAGCAAUAACCUCAGUGAUCCCAGUGAGGCGAGAAGUGAGAGACAAUUACAUAUUUGGUGUUUGAGUUAAUGUCUUCUUGUGAUGUCCUUAGCAUGUUGGUUAAUUGCUUUUAUUUCAGAUGACUUGUGAUUUGGAAAACAUCUAUUUACUCUUGGUUUUGAGUGAGGGAUUAAUAUUGGAGUUCCUGGUGAAGAAGGCGAGGUAUUUCUCUUAGCCUGCAUAGAAGUAAUAACUGUACUGUUGUCCUUGUACAGCAGCUUUUAAAAAGUGCACAAUGGAUUGUGUUUCUGGAAAUCCUCCUGGUGUCUUUAAAAUACAUGGCAAGGCCUCAAAAUAGUGUGGUAAAUGUGAACAUUCUACUCUUUUGGGGGGUAAAUCAUCGCAAUAGUGUUGGGAGACCCUGACAGAUUUCUCAGUCUUGUGUUGAAAGGUGGCAGUUGUGAGGUGUUUAGAAAGUGCUCUGGUCUAUCUGGUUACCCUGAGGUUUCAAAAUUAUAUUGGGGAUAUUUCGCCAAACCAGUAAAAUGUUUGAUAUGGAGAGUUCAUCAGGCUUUAACAAAUGCCUUUUCAUAGCGUAUGAAAACACUGUAUACAGAGACCAGGGUUCUGCAUUCAUCACAGCUGAGGAUUUGUCCUUUGUUGCGAUGAGAUGGGUGACAUCUGAAAUCACGAUCAUGGUUGCCAAAGCAAAAUAAUGAGGAUUUGUACCUUGUAUGCUUCCACGACGUGCUGUUUCCUUGAGAACAAAAAUCUGAGCUGCUAAAUUUAGCUGCCAAAACCACUGACUAACGCUUGUGAAAUGUAAUUCUGGGGGAGUUAGUCCUCCUGACGCUGGCUUGCGGCUCUUGUCUCUGUAGCUUUAAGUGUUUAGGAGGCGUUGUCAUUGGCCGAGAGCGGAUAGAGCUGUCAUCCAAUGAGGUGCUGAUCUAGGCUGCAGGGAUCUGCUCUUCCUCUCUGUACCCCCCCCCUU